UAAGUUUUUGUAUCGAAAUGAACCAUAAUCAUUACAACUGGACGUUAGUGGCAGCAGAGUGCAUCAUUUUGUUUAGUACAUUUACUUCCAAUUUGUGAGUCAAGAGUUUAAACUUAUUUGUGAUAUAUUUUAAUUACGUAUCAAUAUUACCGUCAAAAUUCAGAAAAAUUAUUUUCGUGUGAAUCCUUUUGAAUAUUUUAUUUUCAUGUGCAUCAAUUAAGUUUCUCUAAGUUUCUUGCCAAAUUUUUUCUUUGUGGCGUUAAUUUAUAGAGAUUAAUCGACAAAAUCGUUUCUAAGAUUUCUCACAGUUAAGAACAUAUACAAUCCAUAAUGGUGUACGUGAGGAUAGUGUCUCGAGACGCAUGGAAGGCACAGCCUCCUUUGAGAACAGAACCACUCAUAUUUCCAGUGAAAAGUGUUAUAUUUCGUUACACGGACACUGAAAAGUGUUUUACAGAACUUGAGUGCAGCAAAAUGUUGCGGGGCUUUCAACAAGCAGCUCUAGCUAAGGGAAUGGCGGAUAUACCUUACAAUUUUCUUAUAGGUAGCGAUCUUAGCGUUUAUGAAGGAAGAGGCUGGAAUAACAAAAUGCAUGAUCGAAAAUUGGUAAUCGCAUACAUAUGUUAUCCUUCAGACAUAGAUGAAAACACGGAACAGAUGAACCAUUUGGCUUAUCAGUUUAUCAAGAUGAAUGAUAACAAAGUCAAUGUGCUGUCAUCUUUAGAGGAGCAACAGGGACUCAAGAUUCGGGGAGAAGGAUUUUACGGUGGGGAUCCAAUCUUCAGCCCUCCUGUGAGUCCAUGAAUAGUGAGGAAAUAACUACUGAAGACCUUUUCACCACAAUACUCUGAUCUAAUGGACUUUCAACUGA